AUGCCGCAAGGACCGCCCCUCCUUCCUCUACGUCGGGCAGUGCAGGUGGCAGCCAGAGGGAUGCAGAGUGCCGCGUUUCAACCGCACCGAGCUCAAAGAACGAACGGUGGGUGUGGAUGGGUUAGAUGGGAUGUGGUGCUUUACUUGGUGAGGCGAUGCAAGGACCGCCCCUCGUUCCUCUCCUGGAUGUACCGCUGGCAGCCGCCGCAGGGGUGCCGAGUGCCCUAUGCUUCAGUCCGGCCCCAGUCUGCGCAACAAGAAGGUGGCGUUUGUGGGCGACUCAGUGCGCCAGCAGCAGUUAUUCUCGCUGCUCUGCCUCAUCUCCGCCUUCCAUUCCCUGCUCUCCCAUCCCGCCCCUAUGCCCCCACUCCCGCGUCCAUUCCCCACUCUCCAAUCCCAUUGCUCCCAGCCUGCGCAACAAGAAGGUGGCAUUUGUGGGCGAUUCCGUGGGGCUGCAGCAGUUCUUCUCCUUCCUCUGCCUCAUCUCCUGCUUCCCAUGCCCCUCCUCUCUCCCAUCCCACCCCUAUUCUCCCACUCCCCCGUCGAUUCCCCACCCACUCUCCCAUCCUCAUUGCUCCCAGUCUGCGCAACAAGAAGGUGGCGUUUGUGGGCGACUCAGUGGGGCUGCAGCAGUUCUUCUCCUUCCUCUGCCUCAUCUCCCCCACGCCGCGCACCCACGAGCCGUACAUCGAGUCACGCGACAGCGACUACAAAUUUAAUUGGACAACCGGCUGGCGCGGAUGGCAGGGCUCAGCCUACCGCUUCCCUGAAACCAACACCACAGUGGUGCUCAAGUGGACCACGUCGCUGUGCCAUGUGGUGCGCAAGGAUUGGGCGAACGAGUCAGCGGGACAGGCGGCCCACCUGGACCAACCUGACGAGUUUUUGAAGCAGCAUAUGGAGGAGAUGGAUGUGAUUAUAAUGAACACGGGGCAUCACUGGAACAUCAACAAGAUGCAGGAGUACAGGUGGCACUUCCACCUGCACGGGGUCCCGGUCCCCCCAGACGUGCACAAGGAGAUGGAAGGUGAUUUCAACGUGCCCAUGCGCACCGUGCUGCGCUCGACCGCCCUCUGGACUCACCGUCAGCUGCAGGCGAUAGCCGAGGAGAGGGAGAGGAUGCGACUGGUUGCGAUGCGGGAAGGGGGGAGGGGGGAAGGUGCGGAGAGAGAGGGGGGAGAGGGGGGAGUGCGGGCGCUGCCACUGGUGCUGCUUGUGACGCGGUCGCCGGCGCAUUUCAUGGAUGGGCAGUGGAACACUGGCGGAGGGUGUGACAAGCUGCAGAGCAUGCUGACUCAGGAGGAGACAGACCGGCUGCAUUUCCAGUCGCGGGAUUGGAACGCGGAGGCAGCAGUGGAGGGCACGGCAGUGCGGCUGUUGAACAUCACGGCGCUGUCUGCCCUGCGCCCCGAGGCACACCUGUCCCGGUGGUAUGACAAGGACGGCAAGGCACCGGGGCAGCAGGACUGCGUGCACUGGUGCCUGCCUGGUGUGCCUGACACUUGGAAUGAGUUGCUGUUCUGGGAGAUUGUGAGGAGUGGUCGGUUCCCCUUGUCUGGGGAAGUGCAAGGGAGAGGGGAUAGGGAUGGCAGCAGCAGGCUGGUUCAAGACAUGUAA